AUGUUCGACGUCACCGACCUCCUCGACUGCCGCAGCGGAUAUCAGAAUUGGGCAUUGCUCGCAAGUCUCUUUCUGAUCCGAGUCCUGCGCCCAGCGUCCCUGCACAUGCACCUACAUGCCACGCGGCAAAUUCGCAGCUGGGACGAGAUUGCUUGGCCUUGUGCUUGGCUCCUCUUCUUCCUUUGUGGCUUCCUGCUGCGCAACCUCGGCUACCAUCUGCAAGCCCUCGUGCAGUCUGUGUCGGAACGUUUAUGGCCGAUGGAAGGAAGGCGCUUGCAGAAGGCCCGCCGGGCGGGCAUUGUGGUCCGUCAAUGUAUUGAGACGAUAUGGUGCCUGCUCUUCGCUGCAUUCCUAGCGAUCGGGGAAGAUUGCCAUGGCGAGUACGUCGUGUCUGGUGCUGUUGCUUCCGGGAGGUUUUACAACGGUGACUAUCACCUUGCCGGACGAUACGGGGAAAGGCCCUUCUACACGAAGAGUGUGGGCGUCGGUUUCAUUUACUUCUGGGGCGUAUCUAGUCAAUGGAGACUCUCCGAUCAGUUGAAUGAUACGCUGGAGGAAGUUGACAUGGGCUAUGCGCCAUUAGUGCAUGCUGCAACCCCACCGACCGAAGGCGAUUGGGUUCUCAAGGACCCCUUCGCAGGGCCAUGCACCUGCCAGGACGAGCCACCCAACAUCUCCGUGUGCCACGAGCCAACGUGCGAAGGCGAUCUGAUGGUUUCGGAAAUGGGGCCGACGCAGAGCCAGGGCAACGGCCAGUAUGCUUACACAGAGGACCACAACGCCAAGCCGUUCUAUAGGCAGAUCGGAGGAGAUUCCAUAAUCUACUUCGACGUUACUUGGCACAUCAACACGCUAUCUAACUCGACGGACCGGGCAACCUUCAUCGCUCCAACAUCACCGCUCCCACCCCUCGGGCAGUGGGUGACAGAAGGCCGGCAUGUCAAUGAUGUCUGCAUAGCCCGCUGGGUGGGACGGAUUGUGCCUCGUAAGCCAUUGUCCUUGGACUGUUAA